AUGUACUCUAGUGGAGUCAGUUAUAAGUUGGCCAGAAAAUUAAGGUCACUAACCGAGCACGAGAUUUUACAAAUGGGUAAGACUGAUCGCAUGACUCUUAUACGUGAAAGAAUCAAGGAGAACAAGCAUAAGGCAUUUGAGACUAGUUCGAGACGAUAUAACCAGCGAGCGCGCGUGGUUAAGUUUAUCCCAGGCCAGGAGAUAUACCGCCGUAAUUAUGUACUUAGUGAUUUUGGCAAGAACUUGAAUGCUAAAUUCGCACGAAAAUUCACUAAGUGCAGAAUAAGCGGAAUGGUGGGGAACAAUAUGUACGAACUAGAAGAUUUACAAGGAAGACCCCUGGGAGUUGCCCAUGCCAAAGAUCUUAAACCCUAA